AUGGAUCCCCUCACGGCGCUGUCAUUGGCAGCCGCGGUGGUUCAAUUCGCUGAUUUCGGCGUCAGACUGCUUUCGAAAACCACGCGUCUCUAUAAAUCUGCCUCUGGUGCUGGACGCUCCACGGUGGAAUUGCACAUUAUUUCCAGUGACUUGAAGGAGCUUAUAGACAAUGUCGAACGGAAGUCGGUCCCCCUGGCUCAUCUUGGCGGACAUGUCGACGCCUCGAAUCGACGCCUGUUAGGGAUUUGUGCUCGGUGUAAAGAAGCGUGCGCUAACCUGGACGACGCAAUUAUGGCUCUAGAGAGUCGAGGUUUGACAAAUUUCAAUUUUAACUACUUCUCUACUGAUAGUGCUGGACAAUGGCAUGAGAAUUUUGCCGCCUCGCUCAAACGACUAUGGCGGGCGGAUAAGAUUGAGAGCUUGGGAAAACGGCUCUCUGACAUCAGACACUCACUUAUGGAGGCAUUCUUGGAAAGCUUAUGGGAGGAAUCCAAAACGGGUUCCAAAGAUGUCCACCAGCUAUCAGAGCAGCAGGUCGGCAUGAUGUCAACCUUGAGUCGAAUCGACGAGAAUACGAGAACGCUCAAUCAGACUCUGAUGCAACUUGUGCAUCACUCCAAGGCGGAGAGCACCAAUCGGGAUGCAACUUCUUUGUUCUGGUCGUCCGACUAUCAGCGGCCUGAGGUCGGAUCUUCAGACGCUACAAAUAUACUAGGACUUGACCACGGAGAAAACCUGGUCGACAAUGCUGUCUUUUGCACGACUACAAUCAUUGAGAGCCUUAGAUUUGAGGAUGCUGAUCACCGAGAGCAGGGUAUUUCGAUGUCCUUCGAAACUACAUUCGAAUGGGCAUUCGGUGAACCCCCGCGCUUGGACACCGGUGAUCCGAUGUGGUCCGACAUGCGCUCCAAGCCUCAUCUUAUGGCAUCGUUUUAUUUUUGGAACCCGGGAAGUCACUUACAAAAGUCCCAAGAGGGACUUCUUAGGAACCUCCUUCGUCAGUGUCUUGAACAGAAUCCCAAACUUGCUCCCAAGAUUUUCCCUCGCCGUUGGGCUCUGCUGAAGCUCUUCGGACGUCAGGCUCUCAAAGUAAUUCCACCGUGGACGUGGGAGGAGCUACUCGAGGCGUUCUCGGCCUUGGACAUCAUGGCAGGCCGCGACAGGGACUUCAACCUAGCCAUUUUCAUUGAUGGAGUUGACGAAUUCGAUGGAAAGCACGACAGACUCAUCGACCUCAUUAAACUUCUUCAUUCCCGAUCUAGCAUCAAAAUUUGCGUGAGCAGCAGGCCCUGGAACAUAUUUGAAGAUGCCUUCAGGUGCAAUCCCAGUUUACGGCUAGAGGAUCUCACUCGAAAUGAUAUGUCGAUGUUCAUAUCUGGGAACCUGGAUAAAAACCAAGCUUACCGCGACCUUCGUAACGCCUUUCCCACCGGAGCUAGCCAGAUACAGGGAGCCGUUCUUGAGAAAGCGCAAGGAGUGUUCCUUUGGGUAUCGGUCGUUGUUCGUGCUAUACUCGAGGGUCUGACAGAGGGUGACAAGUUAUCGGAUAUCCAAGGAAUGGUUGACGAGCUUCCGAGUGACCUGUCGAAGAUGUACACCCAGAUAUGGUGCAGAAUCAAGUCAGACUAUCUCCGUCACGGGUCACAACUAUUUCGUAUCUACGAGUGUUCCACGAGCCAGGUAGAUGCAAUUACCCUGUGGCUUGCAGAUGAAGAGGACCCCUUUGAGAUUGAUAUCGAGUCUAUUACCCCUGCAUACAGAGCUCAUGUUAUUCAGUCCAUGAAACGACGGCUAAACAGCAGAACGAGGGGCUUAUUGGAGGUCUCAUAUGAGGGCAAUGUCUGCUAUCUUCACCGGAGCGUCAAAGAGUGGAUACAGCCAAGAUGGGGGGAAAUGCAGUUAUCUUCCGAAUCAUGGCUGACAUUCGACCCCAACCUUGCGCUUUUAAAGGCGAAAGCGGUAAAGGCACCAGAUAAAAGUUACUGGACCGCUCGCUACAACGAAUUCUCUCCGUCCUUCUGGGAAUUCGUGAAGGAGUGCUUUGGCUAUGCAUCACAGGUCGGUGCCUGCGAGCAGAAUCUGGCCGUAUUGGUCAAGUCGCUCGAUCUACUUGACAGAAAUCUUACCAAAGUCGCUAUGACUGAUACCAUAGGAAUAGCAAUGUCUCUUCCGACACUUUACUCUGACGCAAGAAUUAAUCCCAGUCGACCCCAGGACCUCCCUCACUGGGCAACCUGCCAGUGGAAAACCAGCGGCCACCGAACACACUCUCCUCCGUUUGCCAACAAGCAAGUCGACUUUAUAUAUCUCUCUGCUCAGUUUUCCAUUUUGCCCUAUGUCUCUGCCAAGCUUACUGAGAAUCCGGCCAUCCUCAACAUUAGCACUGAGAAAUCACCCCUUCUAGCCGGAACUAUUUUUGGUUUCAUGUCUACAGGGUCCGAUUUACAGACUCGGUAUGAGCUUGCACACAUCCUAAUCGACCAACACUUGAAGAUUGUUGAUCUGGAUGACUACUCGAGGAAGACUAUCGGGGAAAUCUACAAAGUAGUCAAGGGAAGGGCUGCCAGAGGCCCUGAGACCUGGGAAGCUAUAGCUAAGUAG